AUGGCCACCUAUGGCAAGGAGGUGGGGGUUCUGAUCAGGUUUCAGAGUGGGGAUGGAGACUCCCAGGCUCUCCCAGGUAUGGGCCCCUCAGUGUCCAUGGAUCUCCCUGGCGAGCUGUGCAGCCCACCAUCCAGCGACAUGGGCUCCUAUCUGGCUCAGAUCCUCCUGCCAUCUUACUUCAAGGAGGUGAACAGACUCAGCAAGUUCAAGUACCUGCCCAAGGUAGGGCUGCUGGGAAGGGAGAAGGUCAAUGCUCGUGACCUUGGUGACAUCAUGCUGGUGUGGCCGUUGGACACGAUCAAGCAUGUGGGAGAGCUCACCAAAGAGAGCUCCCUGGGUGAGCCAGAGUUGCCACCCGACUCUGACACCGUGGGGAUGGACAGCAGCUACCUCAGUGUGAAGGAGGCUGGAGUGAAGGGGCCCCAGGACCGGGCCAGUACCGACCUCCCCAGCCCACUGGAGAAGGCCGAUUCUGAGAGCAACAAGGGCAAGAAGCGGAGGAACCGAACGACCUUCACUAGCUACCAGCUGGAGGAACUGGAGAAGGUCUUCCAGAAGACCCACUACCCCGACGUGUAUGCCCGGGAGCAGCUGGCCAUGAGGACAGACCUCACCGAGGCCCGCGUGCAGGUCUGGUUCCAGAACCGGAGGGCCAAGUGGAGAAAGAGGGAGCGUUUCGGACAGAUGCAGCAGGUUCGAACCCACUUCUCCGCUGCCUAUGAGCUGCCCCUCCUCACCCGGGCGGAGAACUAUGCCCAGAUUCAGAACCCAUCCUGGAUCGGCAACAAUGGGGCUGCCUCACCGGUGCCAGCCUGUGUGGUCCCCUGUGACCCGGUACCUGCCUGCAUGUCCCCUCAUACCCACCCCCCCGGCUCCGGGGCCAGCGGUGUCACCGACUUCCUGAGCGUCUCUGGGGCUGGCAGCCACGUGGGCCAGACACACAUGGGAGGCCUGUUCGGAGCGGCGGGCCUCAGCCCGGGCCUCAACGGCUACGAGCUCAACGGGGAGCCGGACCGCAAGACCUCGAGCAUCGCGGCCCUGCGCAUGAAGGCCAAGGAGCACAGUGCGGCCAUCUCUUGGGCCACAUGACAGGGCACCUCUCGGCCUGUCCCCAUGCCCUCCCCUGCCUUGGGGCACUGGCCACGCCCACGCUUCCUGGGCCCCCAGCCUCCCAUUCGACUGUCCUCUUAGGAACCUGGCCUGGGCCAGGGGCCUGGCCCUCAGCACUUUCAGCCACCCCGAGUGUGAGGCCCUGUGGACCGCUGGGAGGUUAGGGGGCAGCAGGUCCCACCUGCCUGGGCCCCGAGGUGGAGCCCCUGCUCCUGGCCGGAGGCAGUGGAGGAAGCCAGGUGCCCAAGUUUUGCAGCUUUGCCUCCAUUAUAAGCUGAAGACCCUUUCUUCCCACCCCUGCUCCCCUGCCCUGCCCGAUUUGAGGGUUGAGUCAAGGCUAGGUUCCCAUCCAGACCGAGCAAACACGUCCGUCCUUCCCUCAGCCAUGUGGUCCCCUGGCUACCGGGCCAGUGAGUUUGUCUGAAGUCCGGAGUCCUGCUCUUCAGGGUCCUGCAGAGUCGCCCUCCUGCCGCGCCCGCCCCCGUUUCUCCUCUUAAAGCCCUGACCCCCUGGGCCCAAGGCACCCGCCUCACCUCCACCCACCCUGGCCGUCCCCUGUGCUGGACCCACCUGGAGGGCUGGACGGAACAGGAGAGGAGCUGAAGAAUCCUGCUGGCAUCCAGCAGUGCUGGCGUCUGGGAACGUGGACAGUCCCCGAGGGGGCAGGCUCUGGAUCUCAGUGAACACUGCGAGGGGAGGACCCAGACCACCCACAGUACCCACGGUGCUGGAAGGAGAAAAGCUUCUAGAGAGAGGAAGAGCUGCAGGGAGGUGUCCAGGAAGGGGCAGGGACUCAGGCACUCACAUCCGCUCUCCUGACCGCCCGACGCCCCACAACCCGCAGGACGACUGUUCCAGAGGGCAGGUCUGGGCAGCUUUGUUUUCUAGCCAGCCAGGCCCCUCCUGGAGGACCUGGAGACGCCUGUCCCUUCCCCCACCCAUUCUGGUCGCUUGCCAGGGCUGCUGAGCAGUGUCCUGGUGUGGAAGGACUUACACCUCGGAACACAGAGUAGGGCCUGGAGUCAUGUUGGCAGAAGGGGUUGAGAGCAGCGUGCGAAAUUAGCUAACGGAUGUGUGCUCACGCUCGGCCUCUCGGUCCCCACACUGCCUCAGGCUGCCUGUCCCCUGUCAGCCAUCCCUGGAGCGGCACCCUACCUUCCCAGAAUCCCCCACAGUGGGUGGGGACCCCAUGUUCUACCAGGCGAAGGCAGAGAGGGCCUGCUCUUGGACUUCAUCCCUAGGGAAUCCGAAAUCUCAGCCCCUCCCUCUCACCAGCCUCUAGAAGGGCUGGUGGGCGCCUCUCCUCUGGGUCACUUGCUCUGUCCCGGAUGUGGGGGGCAGGAUGCCGUCCAGAAGCCGUGUCCCUCCCUGCAAGAAGGUGCUUCCUUCUGGGGAGGAACUCCACACCUGCCUGACUGGAGACGAGCAGCUCGAGUUUUGGUACCAGAUUCAGCUGUCACCUAAGCUUGUGGUACCCAGUCCCUGUCCUCUGGGGCCACCCUUUAGAGCCCAAGAUGCCCCUCCAGUGAGCAGCCCCUGGGGACAAGUGCUCGCCUUUCCUACCUUCUACCUGUCCGGGUGGAGGGUUAAGUCCAGCAGAGUUGGGGGCCUGUACACAGGACAGCCUCUUGGCUUGGGUGGAGGGUGAGAUCCUUUCCCCUUGAGCUGCUCGAGGCUUAAAAGGAAUCAUGGUCCCCACCUCUGCCUUGUGCUCCCAUCUGCCGUGGAAACAGGCCUGGGGAAGGAUCUGGUUUUGGCCUCCCUUGUUAAGAGUCAGACCUCUUUGUGAACCAUAGCUCUAACACUGAU